CAUCGGCCAGCGGACUCUCAACCACUGCGCCACCAGGGAAGUCCAGCCCUAACAAUCUUGAAAAGAACAAGGAACAAACCACCUUCAGUUUCCUUAAUGUUCAUGCUGCCUCUCGCCUCCAAGAAUUUGUACUAAGGUUCUAAAACACUACUGCAGCCUCUUUCUUGAUCCAGUCAUACCUUUUAGGAUCCAGCUUCAAUCUUGUCCUGGAAAAGUCUUUCCUGACCCCCAAAUCUAGGCUGGAUACCCUUCCUAUGUAUUCUCCCGUUGCCCAGGGUUUCCAACCAUCAUAGCAGUUACCAUACUCUAUUAAAAUACUCUGUGUACUUUACUAUGUCCUCCCUUAUCCUGUAGGCUUCCUGAGAACAGGGACUGUGUUCAUCAGGUGCACCAUUUCUAUCUCCAGCAUCAAUCAGGCAAAGUGUCAGGCCUUAAUUGGGUAGUCACCCAAUUAAAUGUCCGAAAAUUCAAUAAUUUAAAUACAGAUUUUGGGGGGAAAAAUACAGGUUUUGAAGUUCAAUACUAAGCCAUUAAGCACAGAAAUUUAAAAUAUAUAACAUUAGAAUAUAAUGUAGCUAAUAUUUUUAGAUUAAUCUUAUUGUUUCUGAAUAUAAAAUAAGAGGUUGAAGAUGUUUGGCAUAAGGGCAGAGGCUGCCUUGAUUAAUGCCUCCAGCGUUCAAUGAUACUUUCCUUGCAACUACUAUCAAGGUCACAUUCAUUCACACCAUUCUUAUUCAUUCUGAAAAAAAGCCUCCUGACUUGAAAGAGCUACUUCUAAGGUAUCUUAGAACUGUAAGAUUCUUCAAAACAACUUGAAAGUCACAGGGGCAACAAAUAAUAACUUGGGUUUACCUGAAAGAGUGCAGAAAUUACUUAGGCCUCUGGGCGUCGCUGUUGACCACCUAAGAAGGAAGCCUGUGAGACAUCCACUCCAACAUUACGGCUCGCAUAACACAAAGGGCUGGGCGUUUGGCCCGCAAGCUUCGGGACGGCAAAAAAUUAAGUCCAGCAGCCCACUACUUCUCUCCACAGUUGCCUGGGUCCCGUGAAUGCUUGUCACCUCAGACCCUGAGGAAUAAAGAUUGGAAUCCCGGCCUGCAUGCUGGAAGUUGCCUGGGAGAAAAGACUGCAGCUCAAGAAAUGGCGGCUCUGCUAAAGUUGCCAAACCGCGGAAGGCUUGUCCUGCUGUGCCUUCUUUUGGCGACCCUGUGGGAGGCUGGAGCUGGGCAGAUGCACUAUUCUGUGCCAGAAGAGAUCGAGAAGGGCUCAUUCGUGGGCAACAUCGCUAAGGACUUGGGGCUGGAGCCUCAGGAGUUGGCGGAGCGCGGAGUCCGCAUCGUCUCCAGAGGUAGGACGCAGCUCUUUGCUCUGAACCCGCGAAGCGGCAGCUUGGUCACUGCGGGCAGGAUAGACCGGGAGGAGCUCUGCGCUCAGAGCGCGCGGUGUCUGCUGAGUUUCAACAUACUCCGGGAAGAUAAAUUGAGUAUUUACUCAGUAGAGGUGGAAAUAACAGAUAUUAACGAUAAUGCCCCUCGCUUUGUAGUAGAGGAACUGGAGCUAAAAAUCAGUGAAAUGACUACACCAGGAUUCCGGAUCCCUCUGAAGAGCUCGCAUGAUGCAGACGUCGGAGAGAACACCCUCCAAAGGUACGAACUUAAUUCAAAUGACCACUUCUCCCUGGACGUGCGAAGCGGAAAAGAUGGGAAUAAGUAUCCGGAGCUGGUGCUGGAACGCGCCCUUGACCGUGAAGAAGAGGCUGUUCACCAUCUCGUUCUUGUGGCUUUGGACGGGGGCGACCCUGUCAGAUCUGGCACCUCCCGCAUCCGCGUGAUGGUCCUGGAUGCGAACGACAACGCGCCUGUUUUUACACAGCCCGAGUACCAUGUAAAUGUUCCAGAGAAUACGCCCGUAGGCACCCGGAUACUCACAGUGACAGCCACUGAUGCAGAUGAGGGAUACAACGCUCAAGUGGCAUAUUUUCUGGAGAAAAAUCCUGAAGAAACCUCAGAGGUAUUUGAGCUUAAGUCAUCAUCUGGAGAAAUAACGAUCACAAAAAGCCUAGAUUAUGAGGAUGCCAAAUUCCAUGAAAUUGAUAUUGAAGCUCAGGAUGGUCCAGGCCUUCUGACCAGAACGAAGGUCAUUGUCGCUGUUCUCGACGUAAAUGACAAUCCCCCAGAAUUUUACAUGACGUCUGCUACCAGCUCAGUUCCUGAAGACUCUCCUCCAGGAACCAUAAUUGCACUUUUCAAUGUACAUGACAGAGACUCUGGGCAGAAUGCAUUUAUCACAUGUUCACUCCCGGAGAACCUUCCUUUCAAAUUAGAAAGGUCAGUGGACAAUUACCACCGACUGGUUACAACCAGAGUCCUUGACAGGGAACAGUUUUCUUUAUACAACAUCACUGUGAUCGCCAAAGAUGGAGGGAACCCACCUCUGUCCACAGAUGCUCACAUUUUGCUGCAGGUGACAGACAUCAACGACAACCCUCCCACCUUUCCCCACACAUCCUACUCUGCCUACCUUCCAGAAAACAACCCCAGAGGUGCCUCCAUCUUUUCCAUGAUGGCGCAUGACCCUGACAGUGAUGACAACGCCCAUGUAACCUAUAACUUGGCUGAGGACAUCGUUCAGGGGGCACCUCUGUCUUCCUACAUCUCCAUCAACUCUGACACUGGCAUCCUCUACGCGCUGCGUUCCUUUGACUAUGAGCAAUUCCAUGAACUGCAGCUGUGGGUGACAGCGCAUGACAGUGGGAACCCACCGCUCAGAAGCAACGUGUCACUGAGCAUAUUCGUGCUGGACCAGAACGACAACGUGCCGGAAAUUCUGUACCCCGCCCUCCCUACCGACGGUUCCACGGGUGUAGAGCUGGCACCCCGCUCUGCAGAGCCUGGCUACCUGGUGACCAAGGUGGUGGCUGUGGACAGAGACUCAGGCCAGAACGCCUGGCUGUCCUACCGCCUGCUCAAGGCCAGCGAGCCGGGACUCUUCGCGGUAGGGCUGCACACGGGCGAGGUGCGCACAGCGCGGGCCCUGCUGGACAGAGACGCGCUCAAGCAGAGCCUGGUGGUGGCGGUCCAGGACCACGGCCAGCCACCUCUUUCGGCCACGGUCACGCUCACCGUGGCAGUGGCGGACAGCAUCCCCGAGGCCCUGGCCGACUUGGGCAGCAUCAGGACCUCUGCCAACCCCGACGACUCAGGUCUCACACUCUACCUGGUGGUGGCGGUGGCUGCCGUCUCCUGCGUCUUCCUCGCCUUUGUCAUUGUGCUGCUGGCGUUCAGGCUGAGGCGCUGGCACACGUCGCGCCUGCUCCAGGCUUCAGGAGGCGGGUUAGCGGGUGUGCCCGCCUCUCAGUUUGUGGGCGUGGACGGGGUGCGGGCUUUCCUGCAGGCCUAUUCCCACGAGGCCUGGCUCACCGCGGACUCGCGGGGGAGUCACGUGAUCUUCCCGCAGCCCAACUACGCGGACACGCUCAUCAGCCAGGAGAGCUGUGAGAAAAAGGAUUUUCUUUCAGAACCUCAACUUAUACCUGAAGACAAAGAAGAAACUUUUUCUCAGGUAAAUUCUCUUCGUAAUAUACCUGUGAGCUACUUUGCUAAAAGAAAUAAAUUUACCUAAUUACUUAGCCGUCUCCACAGUUUACCAUACCUUUUCUAUUUCCCAUAUUUCUUUGUGGAUAUAUUCAAUUUUUAGGAAAUUAGUCCUGGUGAAUUAUUUCUUUCUAGUUCUAAGUGUUCACACAAUGUAAACAGGAAGAGGAGCUAGAAUCAUUGCGUCAUGAUUAUAAAUCAGGAGUUAGUAAGUGAAGGUGAUAUUUAGGUUAUCAAAAGAGCACUGCCUGAGGAACUGGCUUCUCAUACUUCUUUCUUGUCCCUGAGGAAACCGUCUCAUGCACGUGGAUCAACAAUUCUUUCCUUCUUAGAAAUAUAAAUGUUGACUUUUAUGUUUCCCCAGAUGCCUCCCUCCUUUAAAAUUUAAGGCUUUUAUGUUUAUUUAUAUUUGUUUAUGAAUAAUGAAAUACUUUAGUUGGUUGUUUUCUUCUCACUCAGUCUUAAUAUUUUUCUUCAGUUUGGCAGUGAGAUUCUUCAUUUUUCUUGAUUUGCAUGAUCUUCCCUAUUAAAAGAUGCAAAUUUAGAAAUAUAUAUACUUCACCGUGUUUCAGGAGGGUAUGUCAUGGAAUCUCUGUUUAGUUAAAAAUCUCAUUAGCCUCUAAAGUAGCUCUGUGUUCCUUUAAGAAGUGAUUGAGUUAUCAUUUGCUCUAUAAUACGUGGUUUGUAUAACAGUGAAGAUGUUUCUAUUCCGUGUUACUUUUUUAAAAAAAUAA